AAUGUCAUUUCUUAAGUCGUAAUUGUAAACAUGGUAUUAAAUAAAUAAAAACUUUGAAAGAUUUUAUAGGCAUACAUUUAUCAAAGUACUGAUAUUAAGUGAUUUAAUAUAUAAAUAUUACUUUUAAAAGUAGUUUAUUCUAAACAUUCCUUAGUAUAUUGGUUAGAUAUCUUUUAAAGUACGGUACAACUUCAAUGAAAACCUGAUAUAAUGACGGAUAAAGGCUCCUUUGAAACAUAUGAGUAUACCGAAGGGAAUGAGGAUGAUCAAUUUUUUUUAGUACAAGAUGAUGGUAGUUUCCUCAGUUUAAGUAAUAGACAAGUUCAAUAUUUAACUCAAGGACAAGAUAUCAAAGAGGUUGUCAAUAAUGGUCAGCCUUGUGAAAUGUUUGAUGUCACAUCACCACAACUGCUACUGGGUGACAACUCAGCUGAAGGUAUUUCCAUUCCUGAUCAGUUAACAUUACCAAACGGUGAAACUAUUAUUAUUGCUGACAACUAUCUUUUACAAGAGUCUAAUACUAUUGAAGAGCAGGUAGUACAGCAAGAUGAAGAACCAAAAAAAGAUAAAACAAAAGAGGUUAAUAUAAUGCACAAAACCGAUGAUUGCACUGAGAUAACAUUAAGUGAUGAACAGUUCCACACUCUGGAACAAAAAGGACGGAUUCUUCUAGAAACAAAUGACAAAGUAUAUAUCCUUGAUACAUCAGGACUACAUGAUAUAACAACUAAUGACAAAUUAAUACAAAAGUUUAAAUGUCCAGAGGGAAGUAAUGAUUGCGAAGAUGAUACAAGUUUGUCAAGCAAUCAGGAUAAAAUACAGUUACAUAUUGAAGGAGGUGGUGUUAAAUUUUCGAAAGAGAUUUUCGGAGACCAUAGCUCAUACAUAAUGAACAUAAAUCCUAAACAACAUGAUGAAUCUAUGGAAGUCUCAACUCUUGAUGUAACAAAUCAGACAGUUAAUGAAAUCGAAAGUGACACAACACAAAAUGAUACGAAUAAUGAAAGUACAGUCGAUACGAAAUGUGAACAAUUGCCAAGUGAUGAUAACGAAAAUGUCGAUUCAAAAUUGAAGGAUAUUUUGAAAACAUCAAAAACAAAAAAUCUUAUGUUUAAAGUCAGUACUAACAUCGCAUUUAAAGAUAUUCCAAGGAAAAUAGUUUUGGGCGAGACAAUGAGUGGCAAGAAAUUGUUCGCUAAAAUAACAAAAUUGAACGCAAUCGAUUUAUCAGUAACACAAGAUUCAUCUAUAUAUGAACAGCGAGUUUUUCGAAAAAACGUUUUCGUUAACAACACCAAGGAAAAGAAAGUAAAAAAAAACAGUGUGAGCGCGGAGGAGCAGCUGUUGGAGAGCGUGGUGCGGCAGUGGUGGGAGUGGCGCGAGGGCGGCGGCGGGGGCGGCGCGGGCGGCGUGCGGUGCAGCGCGCUCGACGUCGCCUCCGCGCACACCACCGUCAUGCAGCUUCUCAAGAUACCGGAAUUCAAGAGCUCCGUCCUCGAUCGGAAUAUUGUCGUCACAAAGGUAGUGUCGGAGCAAGACGAGCAGGGCGCGUACUCGAGCAGCGGACAGCCGUCGCUGGUGACGGGCCGCGUGGCGCCGGACGCGCGCUGCUUCCUGCACGAGCCGGAUAUGCUGCACAUUAUUAAUACAACAGAUGAUGAACCGGAUAUCAAAAAGGGAGAUGUUUCAUUUAUUGUUAAUAGGAAAGAUGAUAAUGUCUUACACAUACACGUUAAUGAAAUGAAACGAGCAGACAAUAUACUGCGAGUGUCUAUUACAUUAAAUAUAAGGAAGCUACCAUCUAAAGUGAUAUCUGAAGAAAAUAAAAGGAAACUUCCCGGUAAGGCGUUCGCUUGCCGCAACUGCGCCGCCAUUUUUAAUACUGAAGUCGAAUUGAAGGAACAUCAAAAGACACAAUGUUCGGAUGUAGAGGAUGCUUCAAUAGAUUUAGACAAGCUGGUGGCCGGGUACACUGUUGUCUUUGAAAACGGUAAAGACAAAAUUUACCAUUGUAAUCAAUGUAAAAUGAAAUUCGUCAAGUUACACAACUGUAUAAAACAUUUGAAAACUCAUUACAACUCUGAGGUAACAAAUGGCGACAGCUCCGGGGCACAGGCCAAAAUACAUAAGUGCAAUAUGUGUUCCUGCACUUUCAACCACCAACAGACACUAGUUAAACAUAUUGUCAACAAACAUAUAAACAUAUGAAUAAAAAAAACUAAAAUAC